AGGACGGUCACUUCACUUGGCCGCCGCAACGCUGCACCAACGCAUCCGCUGCACGCGCACUGCUACGUGUUGUUGUGUGAGUGAACGUGUCACGCGCUCUAGACGGACUCAGCAUUCAUUUGAGACUUCCCAACACUAAUAGGCGUCUUGGCAUCUAUCGCCGGGGGAAGGAAGGAAGGAAGGAGAGGAGGGUCGCUUCUUGAUGCAGUGCUGUGCCUCCGUCAGCAUGUCAUCAGGCAGCCGUCGGGCGUCACGGUUCCUGCAGGAGAAGGAGGAUGAGGUUCCCCAGUGGAUUCCUGGCCUUGGCACCGACAAGCCGCGUCCACGAACUCUGGGCACUUCCUUCUUUGGCUACGUUCCCGACGCCUUCGUGGAAAAGACACCUUUCCUGCCGUCUGAGAAGAAGGCCACAACUCCUACACCCAAGGACAGUGAGACCAAGGAGGCUGAGCACAAGAGUGAAGGAGCUCCUAACGGACAAUACUUGGACCCAUCGAGCAGUAAAGAGUUUCAGAGGGACAUGGACGCCAGCAGCGAUGAAGGAGUGGUGACCGAGGAGGUGGUAGUGCCUCAGCGGGUGGAGCGGCGUGCAGCUGAGCCUUGGGACGCCCAGUCUGUGGAUUCCACCGAUGGAGCGCACGAGGCCGCGUGUAGCGUGGUGAGCACCGCCCUGAGCUCUGCCACCGACAUCCUGCACGGGCGGGGCUCCGAUGGUGUCAGGAGUGCUCAAAACCGCCUGUUGAUCAAGGGUGGUCGAGUGGUAAAUGAUGACAUGAUGCAAGAUGCUGAUGUCUACAUUGAAGAUGGCAUCAUUAAGCAAGUGGGGACCAACCUGCACACUCCAGGUGGCACCAGAGUGGUGGAGGCCAAGGGUCAUCUGGUUAUGCCAGGAGGUAUUGACACCCACACUCAUAUGCAGUUGCCAUUCAUGGGAACUUUUGCUGUAGAUGAUUUCUACACUGGUACCCGGGCAGCCCUGGCAGGAGGCACCACCAUGAUCAUGGACUUCGCCAUUCCACAAAAAGGAGAGUCCCUGGUGGAGGCUUACCACCGCUGGAGGAGCUGGGCCGAUCCUAAGGUGUGCUGUGACUAUGCACUACAUGUGGGAGUUACUUGGUGGUGUGACAAGGUUGGAAAAGAGAUGGAAGAACUGACUGAAGAACAUGGUAUAAAUUCAUUCAAAAUGUUUAUGGCCUAUAAGGACACUUGGCAGCUUGAUGACCAUGAUCUUCUGGAAUCAUUUAAACAGUGCAAAGAAAUUGGUGCUCUUGCACAAGUUCAUGCAGAGAAUGGAGACAUUAUCAAAGAGAAUACCGCCAAGCUGCUGGAUAUGGGCAUCACAGGACCUGAAGGUCAUGAACUGAGUCGUCCAGAAGAGGUAGAAGCUGAGGCCACCAACAGAGCCUGUGUCUUAGCCAACCAGGUUGGCUGUCCCCUGUAUGUAGUGCAUGUUAUGUCAAAGAGUGCUGCUGAUGUAGUUUCCAAUAAGAGAAGGCAAGGCCACAUUGUAUUUGGUGAGCCCAUUGCUGCCUCUUUGGGGACAGAUGGCACUCACUACUAUCACAAGUGUUGGCGCCAUGCAGCUGCUCACGUAAUGGGCCCACCUCUUAGACCUGACUGUGAAACACCAAAGUAUCUUAUGGAUCUUUUGGCAAAUGGUGAUCUCCAAACAACAGGUACAGACAACUGCACCUUCUCAGCCUCACAAAAGGCACUUGGGAAAGAUGACUUCACCAAGAUUCCCAAUGGUGUGAAUGGUGUUGAGGAUCGUAUGUCAGUUAUUUGGGAAAAGGGUGUAGUGUCAGGGAAGAUUGAUCCCUGCAAGUUUGUGGCUGUCACCUCUACCAAUGCUGCAAAGAUCUUCAACAUUUAUCCUAAAAAGGGCCGUAUUGCAGUUGGUUCUGAUGCUGAUAUUGUUGUCUGGAAUCCACAUGCCACCAGGACUAUUUCUGCAAAGACUCAUUACCAAGCUGUAGAUUUCAACAUCUUUGAGGGUAUGGAAGUUCAUGGCAUUGCUGACUAUGUAAUAUGCCAUGGCCGUGUAGUGGUUGAGGAAGGAAAUGUUCGAGCAGUAUCUGGCAUGGGCAAAUUUGUUCCAACUCCUAGUCACAGCCCUUAUGUAUAUGGCAGAGUACAAGAAAGAGAUAUUGCAAAUGCUCCAAAGAAGGUUGAUCGUGCUCCUUAUGAUGGCCCUGUUAUUCAGCUGAAUAAUCAAGGACUUACUCAAGCAGUAGAGAGCAGCAUCAUCCCAACCAAUCAGGAGUUUUAUACCCGAGGUCCGACUAGAUGUGGAGGACUCAACCUCCAUGAUUCAAGCUUCCACGUUUCGGGUCGCCAAAUAGAUGAUGAUAUCAGGCCUCGGACAAGCAUCAAACUGUUGAGCCCCUGCAAUGGCACAUCUUUGGGUGCUCAGAUGAAUGAUAAGUCUCCCAAACGUCCUUCAGUGAAGGUGCACAACCCACCUGGUGGCAAGGCAUCAGGAAGCUUCUGGUGAAGACCUUAAAAGAAGUAUCUUGGCUGUGUUAAUGUGGACCAGAACUAUUCAUUUGGUCCUGACAAAGCUACUCGAGAGAUGUUUUGCAAGAAUACAUGCUUUUUUUUUUCUAAAAGUUCAUUAUCUGUUUAAGAAUUUGAGAAAGUAUUUCAUAUAUAAUGAAACUGAAUAGUUUGAUGUAGAAGUUUAAAAGGAUAGAGUUAAAUAACCUUAUGUAGGAAGUAGAGAAAUUAAUAUUUUUUUCUAACAUUUUAUAUUUGAAUAUAAUCAUAACCAAGUUUGCUAUUCUGAUACAGAAUUUAUAGUCUUGAAAAAGGUACACAUAAAUAAUAUUUGUAAUGUGAUAGCAAGGACUGGUACAUAUAACUGCUGCAAACAAAGUUGCCUUACUGAAAUGAAGACAAGUUAUACAAGGUAGCAUAUUUUUAAAUUUUUUUUUUAUUAAGAUAGAAUUUUUUUUUUUUUGGCUGUAGUGUAUUGUCAGCGUGCAAAUAUUUGAAUGUUAAGCUUUAUACUGUUCUUUUUUAUUAUACAGCAUUAUAUAUAUAUAUAUAUAUAUAUAUAUAUAUAUAUAUAUAUAUAUAUAUAUAUAUAUAUAUAUAUAUAUAUAUAUAUAUAUAUAUAUAUACACUUACACACACAGCUCCCACUAAAAAAAUAAGAAAAAAAUAUAUGGAGGAUGUUGCAUUCAUGCCAAUUUUUCUUUUCAUAUGCUACAAGAAUCCUUCUUGAAUGACUUGUAGAAUACACAAACCAACUCACUUGGAGAAAAGUAAAUUCUCUUUUUAAGAAUGAAUGAUAUUUGGCUUAUCUCCUACAAAAAAUAUUGCUUCCUCUGCAUUUUAGCAAGUUUUAUUUGUUAUAAGUUGUAUAACACAGCAACAAAGUGAUGUUGAGAUUCAGUAAAUAUUCAAUUAUUUUGAUGAAAAAUUUUCUAUUGUUAUUUUUUUUCAUGUGUUAGAAUUACCUAAACUUCCAGGAACUGAGCUUGCCACUAUAAUUGCAAACAAAAGUUUGUGGAUCACCUAAGUUGGAGUGGUUCAUAUUUACUUGCCUGCAGGUCAGUGUAGUAGUUCCAUACAUUAAUGUAUGUCAUUAUAUGAGCAUGUAAUUAUGCAAAUAAGAAAGGGAAAAUAAAGUUUGGAGUUUCAUUUCUAUACUGGAAUAUGUUUGUUUAAAUGUGGUCUAUAGAAAAACUGAAGUGGACACAAGUAACCUAGAAAUUGAAAUGGGCACAAGUAAGUCUCUAAAAGAGUGUUAAAAUUGAGUAAUUUAUUAUGCAUGUUGCAGUUCUUUACAGAGCAUGUUGAAAAACAAUGUUAUCAACAUUUGUUACUGUAUGGAGGUAACUGUAUGUCAUAAAUCUAUGGGCCUUAUGCAAAUCUUGGCAUGUGUAGAAAAAACAAGAAUAAUAAACUCCAUGUAAUGUACAUUACUUUCAACUCAGAUAAUGCUGGGUGUAUCUGCUAGACAGUCAUAUACAUAAUGGAAAGACUAUAACAGGUCUUAUUACACAUUUAAGGUUUCUAUAAUCCAAAUAGCAUCUCACAGACCAAUAAUGUGGAAACUGUUCUAACUUGUGUAGAUCUAUAAACUUUUUUUAUUUCAAUUGCCCACAUUUUUCUUCCAUGCUCUCUCUCUCUCUCUCUCUCUCUCUCUCUCUCUCUCUCUCUCUCUCUCUCUCUCUCACUAACCAGAAAUUUCUCCCAUAGGUUUGGUAUACUUCUCAUACACAUUUUUUAACAUUCCUACAAUUCUCUCAUGUAUUUGUAAACAUUUUUUUAUUUUGCAGACAAAUGAACAGCUAUUACUCCAAGAUUAAACCAAACCAGAAAUGUAGUUAUUAUUUAAAUACAUAUAUGCAUUGUUGGAUUAUUCAGUACAUAAAGGUGCAUGUUUUGGGACUCUGAACAAAUAAAAAAAAAAAAAAAAACAGGCAUUAAUUAGUUUAGAAUAUGCUAAUAUUUCUAUAACUAAGUGUUUCAGAUUUGAUAGAUACAUAUAUAUGAGUGUGUACACAUCUCAGAGUUUUAUUUCCAGUUGAUGUCAAUGAAUACUGAAAAAAAAUAUAUAGUUAUAUUUCAUGUACUUAUAACAUGCAGUAUAACAUUGGAUACCAGAGCUGUAUGAUGUAACUGGCUUAGUAACUGAGCCAUGUGCAAAAGAGAAAUUUAAGUAAAUUUGAUAUACCUAUAUUAGAAUACCUAUACAGUUAUGAAUAACUGUCCAGUCAGUUUUUUUUUUUUUUUUUUUUAUGGUGCUCCUGUGCCACUUCUCACAGUAUUCAUGUAUAAAAUCAAAUUGAAAACAAAGAUGUUUUAAGAUAUCAGUUUAGGAAAUAUGAAAAGUCUCAGGGGAUACAAAAAUAACUUUACACAAUAGGUCAUGAGUUUAGUGUAUUAGGUACAUAUGUACAUUAUGAUUAACUGCAUUUUAAAGUGGACCAUUCGUAAAAAGGCCCCCAAAUCCCCAACAAGAACAUGAGGUGCUACUGGAGGAAGAAUGUGUUUUUGUUGGUUAUUUACAGUAAGGAAGGAGUUCAUUAUGUCAUCUUUGCUUGUGUAUGUCGUUGUUUCAUUGAAGUCUGACGUGUUAGGUGAUUAGUAAAUUAAUUGAUUGUAUUGAAAGAUUGUUUAAGAGAUGCAGAGGUGAAGCUUCUGAGAAGUAUAUGGCAGUAAUGAGAAUAAUCAGUAAACUAAAAUUACCUGGAAUGAUGAGAGAUUGAUAUGGAGUCAGUGUGAUUCAAAUACAUUUUAGGACCAACUU